AUGUCAGUCUUCCACCUUAUCUUUGGAACAACAUGGGGAAUCCUAUUUCAACUGUGCAUAUUAUCUCUAUGCAUUAUAGCAGGUGUUAUGCUAUACCACGCAUUGUGUAAUAAUGAUCAUGGGAAUGAAAAUUACGUGAUUGAAAAUAACACAGUAAAAAUUGAUGAGGUUCCUGUAUAUGCAGAUAAACCAGCAUUUUGUACUUCAAAUCAAGCAGAAAAUUACGGACAGAAUGUUUUACUUGUAUUUCCUCAAAGCACCAAUCAACUAUAUUCAGUCUACUCUCCUGAUGAAUCACAAGGUCAACACCAGACAGAUAUUUCUGAACAAGUUACAGUUUGA